AUGCUGCGCGGCCUGUGCUCAUUGCGGCGACCACUGGAGCUUGGUGGUAUACGGCUGCCCCAGCCCCAGCGACGGUUGGAGCAGCCUUUCCGUUGCCUCUCCAGCAUGGCUCUUGGGAAGCAAAAGCCGCGGCUCAUCUACCUAGAUACCAAAAUGUUGGCAGAACCUAUCAGACUUGCGUUGUUUGUAGGCGAGGUAGAUUUCGAGGACAAGCGAGUGACUCACCAGGAGGUGCAAGAGCUAAACCUUAAGGGCCAGCUCCCAUUCGGCCAAGUCCCAGUGCUGGAGUUGGAUGGGCAGGUGUUUGCUCAGACGGAAGCCUUGCUGCGAUGGGCCGGGA